AUGUUAAAAGUGCUCAAUACAGCUCUGACAUUCCACCGAUCCAUCUGUCUAGUUGGAUCAAAAGGAGUAGGGAAGACAACUCUGCUAAAGGCGCUGGAAACAAAUGUAGAAUUGCCUUCCAUUUAUUUUGACUUGAAUAACGUAAAUGAUUGGUCUACUUUCAAUGAAAAUGUGAAAAAACUGGAAGAAGGUACCGGGGAUCGUGUAGUCUUAUUUCUUGAUAACAUUCAGCAUGCAGUCAGAAACGAAGGUGCGAGGAGAAUUAUUUCAACUUAUGUGAAGCAACCGGCUCAUAAUAGAAAAAUUCAAGUAUUCGCUGCAUCGUCAAGAGCUGGGCUCUUCAGGCUGAGAGCCGAUUCAGAUCUUCACUUAAAUCCUGACGACUUCUUUUUGUACUAUGUAACACCAGAAGAAAAUGUAGCGAUAGAAGUAAUGAAAAAGGUGUUACCGGAUUAUGAAAAGAAUGAAGUCGCGUACAUGAGAUGGGUAACAUCUGCAGGAUUUGUUGUGGGGGAAGUGUUUGAACUGGAGCUUUUCCUUCAGGUGGAAGCGGCACACAGUUCCAGAGAAACGCUUGAUCAGUUGUUAAAGGAGUUCGUGAAAUACCGUGAGGGCAGUUUACGGACAAUAUUGAAAGAGGACGAACAGUUGUUUCCCAUUGAUUCGAAACAUAUUUUUACAAAAUGCCUGGCAGUUUGUGUUGUUGGUGGUGGUGUUCCAAUGUCCGACCUGAGUGAACUCUAUCAACUGGCACCAUCAGAUCUCCCUUGGACCCUUCUAAAGGUGAAAAAUAGAACUUUAACGGCAGUGUCACCACAAGCGAAGGCAGCAAUGCAAACCUUCAUGAGAACAAAUCAAGAUUUGGCAAAACAGCUGCUAUACCUUAUCGAUGCAGGUAGGCACAGGAGUUCUGGUAGCAUGCGUGGGGCACUAUUCGAGGAAUUUUUCUUUCAAGCAUUACCUGGUAUGAUCAUAGUUUUGAAGAGACAUGGUUGCAUUGAUGAAAUAGUGAACCUGAAGAUAGUUUCUCCGGCUGUGUACGAAGUUAAGGGCAGCAAUCUUGGAGAUUUUUUACCAGAGACGAAUUAUUGUUACUAUACACCUAACAUGCGAGAUGUGGACAUUAUUUUAAAUGUCGAUGACAAGAUCCUCUUAAUUCAGUGCUCGAUUUCAAGAGAGAUCGAGGUAAAAAAAGGUUUUUGGAGAACCGCGGAAAAUAGAAAGUUGACUGCAGUUCUUGCUGGGCCAUCGCAUGUAAAAAAGCAUCUGGAAGAUAGUAACUCUCAACUUGCUAACGAGUACAAACAAAAUAAAUUUGCGUUUGUACUCGGCAAUGAUGUUUUGGGGGACGAUUUUGUUAAUCUUCUGACGUAUGUGCAGGGCAAUGACCGGUGA